CUUAAGUUCCUUUAGGUCAUCUUUUAUAUAUGUCGGCGGCCAGAUGUUAGAGCAGAAAUCUCGUGAACCAAAAGUUUAUCUCAAAAUGUCUCUUUGCGGAUUUGAUGAAAAUGAUAUUACAUACUUUUCUCCCCAGCAAAGAAAAGAUUUUUUCACAAGAAUGACUCCUAUAAUUGAAGUGGUACGGGAAGAGGGAACAAGUAGGAGGAAUGGGGUUUUCAUUUCUUCCAAGCUUGUAUUGACGGUAACUUUCGAAGAUCUUGUUACCAAAGAAUCUUACAACGAUUUGUUGAUAAUUGUGAAAACGAAUAUUGGAGAAGAAUUGACUGCAAAAGUUGCUUCCGUUUGUCCCACAUCGCAUUUGAUGUUACUUCGUGUGAAGAAAAAGCAAGGACAAGUCAGUUAUGUUGAAUUUGCGGAGGAUCAACCUGGAUAUGGAAGUGAGGUACAAGCCAUUUACUGCAAUGAUAUAUCUGGAUAUUCUUACAGAAGAGGAAUACUUUCAUUUAUUGGUAGAAAGUUCAGUUAUGUAUGGGAUAUCUUGCAGAAUGGGACUGAGAAUCAAAAACAAUUUGCUGAAAAGCUUCCUAUUGGGAAAUUGGAUUCAUGUUGUGAAUUGAUUCAAACACAUGGUUUGUAUACCCGGCAGUACCAUACCGCGGGAGCACCUUUAUUCAACAACAAAGGAAGACUGAUUGGAUUAAAUGCUUUUUUUGUUUUUGGCUUUGAUUUUGGAAUUUGUUUAAGUGAGUUAAGAAGAUUCUUUGAUACUUAUUCUUUGGAAAAAAAGAGAGACAAGGAAAGAAAGAGACGAAAGAGAAAGAGAAGUCAGGACGAAUCGGAAACAAAGAAGAAGAAAAACUAUAAAGAAUCCGAGACAAGAAAGAAAAGACAAAAGCAUGGUGCUUCUGGUGCUUCACACACGCCUACGACCGGUGUAAACAAAGUUGCUGAUUUGGUUGAGGUCACUCUUGGACCAAAAAGCAGGAAUGUUGUACUAGAAAGCAAAUAUGACUUCCUGAAAAUUGUUAAUGAUGGUGUGACCGUUGCUAAGGAGGUUGAGUUGGAGGACCCGGUCGAGAACAUUGGGGCUAAGUUAGUGAGGCAGGCAGCUGCCAAGACGAAUAACUUGGCUGGCGGUGGAAUGAUAAAAUCAGUUGUACUUGCGGAAGGUCUGAUUGCUGAAGGUGUCAAGGUAGUGGCAGCUGGUGCAAACCCUGUCUUAAUCACUAGGGGCAUUGAGAAAACCACAAAGGCUUCAGUAUCUGUGCUUAAGGAUAUGUCAAAAGGGGUUGAAGACAGUGAACUUGCAGAUGUGGCAGCUGUUAGUGCUGGGAACAACUAUGAAGUAGGAAAUAUGAUCGCUGAGGCCAUGAGUAAAAGUGGUCUAAAGGGUGUGGUUACCCUUGAGGAGGGAAAAAGUGCUGAGUAUAGCCUCUACGUUGUUGAUAGGAUGCAAUUUGAUCGUGGUUAUGUUUCACCUUAUUUUGUCACUGAUAGUGAGAAAAUGGCAUUGGAAUAUGAGAACUGCAAGUUGCUACUUGUUGAUGAGAAAAUAACAAAUGCAAGAGAUCUUAUAAACAUCCUGGAAGAUGCUAUUAGAAGUGGAUACCCAAUUUUGAUAAUUGCAGAAGAAAUUGAACAAGAAGCCUUAGCAACACUGGUUGUGAACAAGCUUAGAGGGGCUCUGAAGGUAGCUGCUCUCAAAGGUCCUGGCUUUAGAGAGUACCUUGAUGACAUUGCUAUUCUUACUGAAGGUGCUGUAAUCAGAGAUGAGGCUGGGCUUUCCUUGGACAAAGCUGGCAAAGAGGUCUUGGGCCAUGCUUCUAAGGUUAUGCUUACGAAGGAUACAACCACCAUUGCAGGUGAUGGAAGCACCCAGCAAGUGGUAAACCAACGAGUUGUGCAGAUUAGAAUUCUCAUUGAGGCUGCAGUACAAGAGUAUGAGAAGGAAAAACUUAAUGAAAGGAUUGCCAAAUUAUCUGGUGGCAUAGUAGUGAUACAGGCUGGAGCUCAAACUGAAACAGAGGUUAAAGAACAGAAAUUGAGAGUAGAAGAUGCUUUUGGUGCAACUAAGGCAGCAGUUGAGGAAGGUAUUGUUGCUGGUGGUGGAUGUACUUUGCUGAGACUUGCUUCUAAGGUGGUUGCUAUUAAGGAUUCCGUUGGUAAUGAUGAAGAAAAGGUUGGAGCAGAUGUUAUUAAAAGAGCUUUGAGUUACCCUCUAAAAUUGAUUGCUAAGAAUGCUGGGGUUACUGGAAGUUCGAUUAGCGAGAAGAAUGGAUUCAAUGCUGCCACUGGAAAAUAUGAGGAUCUUAUGGCUGCAGGAAUUAUUCAUCCAACCAAGGUUUGUUCCUUUAUUGAGCUCUACAUCUAUUUUGUUGUAUUUUACUCCAUUUUAAAUUGAAUGUUCACUCUCUGCCU